UCUCAUAGACAAAGAAAUGGAACGUUGGACUGGGAAGUGAAGAAGUGCCAGAACGUUCUGCAGGUAUCGCCGAUCUCUUCCUCCCGCAGAGGUUUCUCUCUCUCUCUCUCUCUCUCUCUCUCUCUCUCCUCACCUUCGGUGUUGCAAGAAUUCGCAGUGGAAUCUGAAUAGGGUUUAUCGAGGAUGAAGACGAGGCGAGAAGAGGAGGAGAACGGGGAGGGGCAGGCGAAGAGGCAGAAGCUUCUUGAGCAGUCUUCUUCCCCUUCGCCUUCACCCUCGCCGCCUCGGCUUGGUUUUGAUAAUGCUCUUCUUCCACUUGCUUCUUAUGCUGACGACGAUGAUGAUGAAGAAGAUGAUGGGAGCAGAGGUGGAAUUGGGGAUGCAGUUGGAAAAAAUGGCGGAAGGACCGAGCAAAACGGCCAUAGCGAUGGGAGUGAAUAUGAUGAUGAAGAUGAGGAUGGUGACCGAGAGAAAGCUUCAAGUCGAGGGAAGCGCAACCGUGUUGUUGAACUCCGGAGGGACUGCCCUUAUCUUGAUACUGUGAAUCGACAGGUUUUAGAUUUUGAUUUUGAGAAAUUUUGCUCAGUCUCGCUUUCAAACUUGAAUGUGUAUGCAUGUUUGGUCUGUGGGAAGUAUUAUCAAGGAAGAGGACAGAAAUCUCAUGCAUAUACUCAUAGCCUUGAAGCAGGUCACCAUGUUUAUAUCAAUCUCCGAACAGAGAAAGUUUACUGCCUUCCUGAUGGAUAUGAAAUUAAUGACCCAUCAUUAGAUGACAUACGGCAUGUGUUGAAUCCAAGGUUUACAAGAGAACAAGUUGAAGAGCUUGAUAGGAACAAACAGUGGUCUAGGGCACUUGAUGGUUCUGACUAUCUCCCUGGAAUGGUGGGUUUGAAUAACAUUAAGGAGACAGAUUUUGUGAAUGUGACAAUUCAAUCUUUAAUGCGAGUUACUCCUUUGAGGAACUUCUUCCUUAUUCCUGAAAACUAUCAACAUAGCAGAUCCCCCCUUGUUCAUCGUUUUGGAGAACUCACGAGGAAGAUUUGGCAUGCACGAAAUUUCAAAGGACAGGUGAGCCCACAUGAGUUUCUUCAGGCAGUUAUGAAAGCCAGUAAAAAACGGUUUCGAAUAGGGGCACAGUCUGACCCAGUUGAAUUUAUGUCAUGGCUUCUUAAUACAUUACAUGCAGAUCUAAGAAGUUCAAAGAAAAGUAGCAGCAUCAUUCACAAGUGCUUCCAGGGUGAGUUGGAGGUUGUAAAAGAGAUUCAUGGUAGACCUUUCUCCGAGAAGCGAGAAAAUGGUGAUGAACAAAAUAAUGGUAGUGCUGCAGAUGGUGGAACUGAGCAGGAUAAUGUUAUCACUGAAAAGAGCAGAAUGUCAUUCUUAAUGCUUGGACUGGAUCUACCUCCUCCGCCUCUGUUUCAAGAUGUAAUGGAGAAAAAUAUAAUCCCACAGGUCCCACUUUUUAACAUACUGAAGAAAUUUGAUGGUGAGUCUGUCACAGAAGUUGUACGCCCUCGUAUAGCAAGGAUGAGAUAUCGUGUCACAAGAUUGCCACAAUAUUUAAUUCUCCACAUGCGGCGGUUUACAAAGAACAAUUUCUUUGUGGAAAAAAAUCCCACUCUUGUUAAUUUUCCGGUGAAGAAUUUAGAGCUGAAAGAUUAUAUUCCACUGCCUACACGCAAGGAGAAUGAAAAGCUACGUUCAAAGUAUGAUUUGAUUGCUAAUAUUGUCCAUGAUGGUAAGCCAGGUGAAGGAUCCUACAGGGUAUUUGUACAGCGGAAGUCAGAAGAACUUUGGUAUGAGAUGCAAGACUUGCAUGUAUCUGAAACUCUCCCUCAAAUGGUUGCCUUAUCAGAAGCCUACAUGCAGAUUUAUGAACAGCAGAAGUGAGAUUCAUGGCGUGAGGCUCUCUUUCGAACCUACAAAUUCGUUAAGAGGCAUGCAUGCAUGGAAGAGAAGAGAAUGGGACAGUCGGCAGCUUGUUGGAGGCCAAGGAUGGAUUCAUUCAGCGUAAGUUGCUCUUGACUAGAAAAUUUUUAAGGCUUCCGGUAUCUCUCAAUCUGCCCUUUCUGAACCUGCUUUUUGGGAAUGUUUUGUGGACCCUCCUAGGCUGUGUACCAAACUGGUUGGUGCUUAAAUUGAAUGAGAUGAUAUGCUUGUUAAUUCAACCUAGUAUUUGAGAAAUUAAAAAAGUAAUAAUUUUACAUUGAA